AUGGCCACCACCACCACCACCACCACCACCACUAUUCCCCUCCUCUCAUUAUUCCUAUUCUCACUCUUAUUCUCACUCUUAUUCCACGCCGACGCCGCGCAGGAUCUCGCCACGUGUCUAACAUCGGCGGGGGUGCGGAACUUCACGCUGUACCCAUCCGACCCCUCGGACGCCGCCACGUCGCCCUACUUCCCCCUCCUCAACGCCUCCCUCAACAACCUCCGCUUCUCCCGCUCGCACGUGCCCAAGCCCCGCGCCAUCGUCCUCCCCACGAAGCUCUCGCACGUGCCCCCCUCCGUCCUAUGCCUCCGCAACUCCUCCCUCCGCAUCCUCCUCCGCAGCGGCGGCCACAGCUACGAGGGCCUCUCCUACACCACCCACGAAACCCUAACCCUAACCCUAACCCUAGCGGGGUUCGCGAUCCUCGACCUGAUGAACCUGAACCGGGUGGAGGUCGACGUGCGCUCGGCCACGGCGUGGGUGGAGGCCGGGGCGACGCUGGGCGAGCUCUACGUCGACGCCCUCCUCCUCCACCCCCUCUCCUCCUCCCUCCUCUCCCGCCCCGCCCUCGGCCCCGACCCCUUCUGGGCCCUCCGCGGCGGCGGCGGCGCCUCCUUCGGCCCCGUCCUCGCAUGGCGCCUCCGCCUCGUCCCCGUCCCCCCCCUCGUCUCCUCCCUCUCCCUCAACCUCCCCGGCUCGCCCCGGUUCGUCGCCGGUCUACUCCACAAGUGGCAGCUCGUCGCCCCGGCCCUCCCCGACCGGGUCUACCUCUCCGCCUUCGUCGGCGCCGGUCUACCCGGCUCCAACCGGACCGGCCUCUCCGUCACCUUCAAAUGCCUCUUCCUCGGCCCGAGCCGCGAGGCGGCCCGCCUCCUGAACCGCCGGUUCGCCGAGCUCGGCCCGACCGGCCCGCUCUGGACCGAGUCGAGCUGGAUCGAGUCGGUCCUGUUCUUCUCCGGUCUACCGGAGGGGAGCACGGUGCACGACCUCAAAGACCGGGCGCUCCGGAAGAAGACGUACUUCAAGGCCAAGUCGGACUACGUGCGGACGCCGGUCGCAUACGGGGACCUGAUCACGGCCGUCGAUCUGCUGUCCCGGCAGCCGCGGGCGUACCUGAUCCUCGACCCGUACGGCGGGGCCAUGGCCCGCAUAAAGAGCGACGCCAUCGCGUUCCCGCAUAGGGCCGGGAACAUCUACGCCGUCCAGUACCUGAUCGAGUGGACGGCGGAGGACGACCACCGGAGCGCCGAGUACGUGGCGUGGCUCCAGGGGUUCUACGCCCACAUGGAGCGCCACGUGUCCGCGGGGCCCAGGGCGGCGUACGUGAACUACGUGGACCUCGAUCUGGGCCAAUGGACGGCCGGGAUCGGUCGCACGAAUCCCGUGGAGGAGGCGCGGGCGUGGGGGGAGAGGUACUUCCUCGGGAACUACGAUCGGCUCGUGCUGGCCAAAACGGCCGUCGAUCCCGAGAACGUGUUCCGGCAUGCCCAGAGCAUACCACCGUUAGAAAAGAGUGUGUCUUUUUCAUCGUCGUCAUUAAAUAUACUAGAAAAUAUAUCGUGUACAGAAGAAACUGCUAAAAUGCGGUAAAUAGAA